AUGUUUGUGCGCUCCAUCUUACUGGGUGGCGCUGCUGCUCUUAGCGCCAGUGCCAUGCUGGUCGUCCCCGAGAUGGAACCUAAAGUCGAUAUGAUUGAAGAUGGAUUUGUGAAUGUCCACCCCAUGCUUUUGAAGGAUGUUCAUCAUGCAAUUGUUGAUCUGCCCUGCUCCGAAUGUCCUUUCCGUGAAACCAACGACGAAGGUGUUGUUAGCUGGACUGAGGGCAAACCAUCAUCUCUGACUCUGGAUUUCUCGAUCGAAGACAACCGCUUGCUGGCCAACGGCCGUCAAAUCUUCCCACCAGCCCCGCCUAUCCCAAUUCUUGCUGUGCAACAAGAUGAAGAGGGAGAGGACUCAACCCCCAUGCCUGUUGGCUAUGCCCUUGAAAUCAUGCCGAUGGCCGCACCAUCUGACGAGCCGGGCUACGAACUCCUGGAUAUUCGGUUCACUGUUCUCGACCUGGAGAGCCACCCAGUUCCUGUCGAUACCGUUGCGAUCACUGUUAUACAGGAUCCCAAUGGCGAGCUCUUCAUCGCUCGUACUGAAGUCGAAAACACCACCCCCGCCUCCGACCGCUUGUCAUGGAAGGAGUGCCACGGCAAGGCCAAAUGCCUACAGGAGCUUCUCGUUUCUCGCAUUCGGGGCCUCUUGACUGGCGCCAAGGCUCGUGUGAUUGGUAUGGCCAAAGCCGGCCGCAAGAGCUGCCAUGGCAAACACAAGAAACCCCAGGGCGAGACAAUGGCCUACCCUAGUCCCCACGAAGAGGGCCAUGAUGGUAUGCCUUUCCCUAUCCCACCUCCUUUCGGGAAAGAGGGCUCUGGACGUGAAAAGUUCGGCCCCGGUAGCCACCAUGCCCAUGCCCACGGCUCCGCUCGUCCGCACCACCACAACCCACACCACAGCGCCUUCGCCCGCACUUUCUCUCGCAUUGUGCACUUUAUCGUUGUCCCAGCUGUAUUGGGUGUCCUGGCUGGAUUGACUGCUAGUGCCAUUGGCAUGUUGGUCGGCCAGGCUGUGGUUUUCCUCUGGCAACGCUACCGUGGAACCCCUUCUGCGGAGCGCAAGGCUGCCUGGGAGGACGGCGAGGCCUGUGAAAAGCAGGGUCUCAUGACUAUUUCACGUUCCUCCGAGGAGGCUCUUCCCGAAUACACUGAGCCUUCUCAGGCUCGAGGAUCACUUGAUAAGAACUAG